GUCCAUAUAUUUUUGCGUUCAUCGAUAGUUGCAACAACUGAGCAGUUCAGAGACCCAGCCAUGUCUAUGUCCCACCUGUACGGACGGCAGGGAGAGGAGGAGGAUGAGGGGGUGGAGGUAGAGAAGUUUGAGGUGACCGAAUGGGACCUGGCCAAUGAGUUUAACCCGGAGCGCCGCAGACACAGACAGACCAAAGAAGAGGCUGUCUAUGGCAUCUGGGCAGAGAGGGGAGACUCCGACGAUGAGAGACCCAGCUUCGGAGGGAAGAGGUCUAAGGACUACUCUGCCCCUGUGAGUUUUGUGAGUGCUGGGCUGCGCAAGUCUGCAGCAGAGGAGAAGCAACAGCAGCAGAUAGGUGGAGGGUCAGAUGACUCUGACAAUGACAACACUCCUCCUGCCCAACCCCCACCCCGCGACACUGCACCUAAGAAACUGCAGACGGGCGGUAAUUUCCGUGGCAAUAGCCAGUCCCAGAGGACGGGGUUUGCGGCCGGUAUCCGAGCUGGAGGAGACUUGGGCACUUGGGAGAAACACACCAAGGGGAUUGGCCAGAAACUCCUCCAGAAGAUGGGCUAUGUACCAGGGAAAGGACUGGGGAAGAACGCCCAGGGUAUUUUGAACCCCAUCGAGGCGAAGCUUCGGAAGGGAAAGGGGGCGGUGGGCGCCUACGGCAACGAGAGAACCAAACAGUCACUACAGGACUUCCCUGUGGUUGACUCCGAGGAGGAGGAGGAGAAGGAGUUCCAGAGGGAGCUAGGUCAGUGGCGUAGGGACCCUGCAGGUGGUGGAGGGAAGAAGAAACCAAAGUAUUCCUACAGGACUGUAGAGGAGCUGAAGGCUAAAGGCAAGCUAGCUGGACGGACCACACAGACACCCGCUGGAGAACUGGCUCAGGUCAAGGUGAUAGAUAUGACAGGCAGGGAACAGAAGGUGUAUUACAGUUACAGUCAGAUGACUAACAAACUCAGUGUACCAGAGGAGGCUCCACUGAGCGUGGCCACACGUGAGCAGAAGACGUCUGGCUUUGCCCUGCCAGAGCUGGAACACAACCUGCAACUACUGAUCGACCUGACUGAACAAGACAUACUACAGUCCUCACGGCGUCUGCAGCAUGAGCGUGAUGUGGUGGUGACUCUAAGCCACGAGAGCUCCGGUCUGCAGACGAGGAUCGGGACGGAACGGGAUGCCAUCCAGAGGCUAGAGGCAGUACUGCAGCUGGUGGAUCGCUUUCAGAGCGGGGAGACUGCACCUGGGGUAGGACCCAGCCUGCAGGAGUGUGCUGGCGUUUUUGAGACUCUACAGAGUGAGUUCUAUGAGGAGUACAAGACUUUAGGUUUGGGAGAUCUGGCUGCAGCUGUAGUACAUCCACUACUCAGAGAGAAACUACGCACAUGGGAUCCUCUCAAGGACAGUUCAUAUGGUCUGGAGGAGGUGGGUCAGUGGCGAGCCAUCCUGGAGUCUGAUCAGCUUCACCACGCCAACGCCCCUGAAGCACACAUGGACCCCUACCACAGGCUGCUGUGGGAGGUGUGGAUCCCUGUGCUGCGAGUGUGUGUGUCGGGGUGGCAGCCUCGUAUGGUAGGACCCAUGGUGGACUGUGUGGAGGUCUGGGCCCCUCUGCUGCCCCUCUGGAUACUAAACCACCUCCUGGAACAACUCCUCUUCCCCAGGCUGCAGAGAGAGGUGGAUAGCUGGAACCCCCUGACCGACACAGUGCCCAUCCACUCCUGGCUCCACCCCUGGCUGCCUCUGCUCCAAUCACGGCUGGAGCCUCUCUACCCGCCCAUCCGCAGUAAACUGGCCAAUGCGCUGCAGCGCUGGCACCCGAGUGACGGCUCCGCCCGCCUCAUCCUCCAACCAUGGAGAGACGUGUUCACGCCCGGUGCCUGGGAGGCCUUCAUGGUCAAAAACAUAAUCCCUAAACUAGCUCUGUGUCUGGGGGAGCUGGUAAUAAAUCCUCACCAGCAGCAGAUGGAGCCGUUCAAUUGGGUGUUGGACUGGGAGGGCAUGCUGUCUCCCUCCAGCCUCGUAUCACUGCUGGACAAACACUUCUUCUCCAAGUGGCUACAGGUGCUGUGUUCGUGGCUCAGUAACAGUCCUAACUAUGAGGAGAUUACAAAGUGGUACCUGGGCUGGAAGUCCAUAUUCAGUGAUGCUGUUCUGGCUCAGCCACUCGUUAAGGACAAGUUCAACGAAGCUCUGGACAUCAUGAACCGCGCUGUCUCCUCUGGCCUUGGUGGGGGGUACAUGCAGCCUGGUGCCCGUGAGAACAUAGCAUACCUCACACACACAGAGCGUCGUAAAGACUUCCAGUACGAGGCUCUGCAGGAGCGCCGGGAUGCUGAGAGCGUGGCGCAGCGAGGCAUCGGUGCCAGCCUGCCCACCAACUUCAAAGACCUGAUCCAGACCAAGGCUGAGGAGAACAACAUUGUCUUCAUGCCGCUGGUUGCCAAACGCCACGAGGGCAAACAGCUGUACACCUUUGGACGUAUCGUCAUCUACAUAGACAGAGGAGUGGUCUUCGUACAGGGAGAGAAGACCUGGGUCCCUACGUCCCUACAGAGUCUCAUAGAUAUGGCCAAGUGAUAGAGGGAGUACAUAGAGAUGGAGAUAAGGUGAAUGCUGUGUAGAGGCAGCACGCUUGUCAUUUGUUUGUAAUAAGUUUGAUAUUCAGCUGGUGAUCACUGAAAUAUGUAAUUGGAACCAUGAAUAAAUGAUUUGACUUUCUA